GGGAAAUAAAAACAAACGGGUACCCGAAUGCCAUUUUGCGUUCGUGGCCAGAAGAGAGAUGAGUGCGACGAAGCGCGAUCCGAUCCUAGACCUUGCGAAGUACAUCGACCAGAGCGUCCAAGUCAAGUUCGCAGGCGGACGGGAAGUGCGCGGCAACCUGAAAGGAUACGAUCAGCUGGUCAACUUGGUCCUUGAUGACGCGGUCGAGUACUUGGACACCCCUGGGCAAACGCGCGAGUUGGGGUUGCUGGUAUGCCGAGGCACGUCUGUGAUGCUGAUAUCCCCCGUGGACGGGACCGAAGAGAUUGCCAACCCGUUCGCGCAAGAGCAGGAAGAAGAGUAAUAUGUCCAGCUAAUGUUGCCCCAAUAUCUUCACUCCUCGAGGAGGUCGUUCUAGGACUACCGGUACUGCUGCAGGUCUUCGA